AUGUCCAACAAUCCUCUAAUCUAUGGAGUUGAAUUUCAGGCCAGAUCGUUAUGUUCUCUGCUGGCUGAUAAUGAUCAAGACUGUUUUUUAAUCGGAACUCAGUCGUUGGUCACAUCGAAUAAUCAAGUACAUCUCGUUAAACUACAAGAAGAUACCAAUACACUUUGUCCUCAAAUAUAUGAGCAUAGCUGUGGUGAAAUAUGGUCAUUAGCGUCUUCUCCAACAGACAAACACUUGAUAUCUACUUGUUAUGCUAGUAUAGAACGUGAUUGUGAGAAAUGUACAGCUUUAUGGCGACUGCCAGAGGAUGAUGGUCAUUUAGAAAAUGUCAUCACUUUUCCUUCAGAAAAGUAUGGGACUGAUGUUAAGGUGACCACGUUUCAUCCUACAAAUGACGCAUACAUGUGUUCUGUUAUCGAUAAUAAUAUAGUGAUGUGGGAUGUGGGUGAAAGUGAAGUAAAAAUUGUAUGUACUGCAGUAUUGGAUGGUAAAGGUCAGCCAAGAUUUACAACUGGAAAAUGGAAUCCACAAAAUGUCAACUUACAGUUUGUAACUGCUGAUGAUUGUAAUAUAAAAGCUUGGGAUUUAAGAACCCAAACAAAAAUUGCAUGGAGUCUAGAUGGAGUUCAUACUCAAGUUAUUAGAGAUUUUGAUUUUAAUCCAAAUCGUCAAUACUAUAUGGCGACAUGCGGUGAUGAUGGAUAUUCUAAGUUUUGGGAUAUACGUAAUCCCAGACAACCUCUAAUAUCCCGUGCUGAUCAUUCUCAUUGGAUUUGGUCUCUUAGAUAUAACCCAGUACACGACGAAUUAAUUGGAACAGCUUCAAGUGACGGUCAAGUCCUUAUCACAUGUUUAGCUGGAAUUUCAUCAUCAGCCGUUGAAAUCGAAGACAUAAAAACAAAACCUUCCAUUGAAGAUAAAAUAGUAGCGACGUGUGAUCAACACGAAGAUUCUGUGUAUUGCGUUGAAUGGUCCUCUGCAAACUCGUGGAUAUUAGCUUCUUUAAGUUACGAUGGUCGCCUAUUGCUUAAUAAAGUACCAAAAGACGAACAGCUUAGAAUUCUAUUGUGA